CCAAUUCGUUGUUUUUCUUUUCUUUUUUUCUUUUACUCUCUCUGUCUUCUCUCUGUCUUCCCUAGAUCUCUCUCUUGUUUCUUGAAGUGCGCAAGGAAGAAGGUGGUUCUAUACUUGUUUGGAUUCGUGGCUUUUGGGCGAAUGGGAGCUUGCGGAUUGAAUUGACGUUGUUUUAGUUUAUAGCGGAGUAAAAUGGAUGGUGGUGAUGGAACUGUGAGGCUUGGGGCUCUGAACUUGAAGCCGGAUCGGAGCGGCUUUGAUUUGGGACCUGAUGUGUCUGUUUCGUCUCCGGUGACCAGGCAGAAAGCCGCCGCUGCUAAACAGUUUAUAGAGAAUCAUUACAAGAAUUAUCUCCAAGGUCUGCAGGAUCGCAAAGAGAGACGGAGAACGCUUCAACGAAAAGCGCAAGAAGCUCAGGUAUCAGCUGAAGAACAGGAAGAGAUGCUGAGGAAUUUGGAACGCAGAGAAACAGAAUUUAUGAGACUGCAAAGACGUAAAGUUGGAAUUGAUGACUUUGAACAAUUAACAGUCAUCGGUAAAGGUGCAUUCGGUGAGGUUAGAUUAUGUCGUGCAAAGGGAACUGGGGAAGUUUUUGCCAUGAAGAAGCUGAAGAAAUCAGAGAUGCUUAGCCGUGGGCAGGUUGAGCAUGUUCGAUCCGAGAGGAAUUUACUUGCAGAGGUUGAUAGUCGAUGCAUUGUAAAACUCUUCUAUUCUUUUCAAGACUCUGAAUUCUUAUACCUUAUUAUGGAGUAUUUACCUGGCGGUGACAUUAUGACAUUACUAAUGAGAGAAGACGUUCUGUCGGAGGAUGUUGCUCGCUUUUACAUAGCGGAGAGCGUUUUAGCUAUUCAUUCAAUUCAUCAGCACAACUAUAUACAUAGGGAUAUAAAACCAGAUAACCUGAUACUAGAUAAGAAUGGCCAUCUGAAGCUUUCAGAUUUUGGCUUGUGCAAGCCUCUGGAUGAUAAGUAUUCAAGUAUACUUUUGAAUGACGAAGAUUUAACAGCCCAGCAGGCCAAAAGUGAAGGUCAAGGUCAUACUGACACUAAUGGAUCCCAAUGGAUGAUGCCAAAAGAACAAAUUCAACAGUGGAAGCGUAAUCGCCGUGCAUUGGCUUUUUCAACUGUUGGGACCCUGGAUUACAUGGCACCUGAAGUAUUGCUUAAGAAAGGAUAUGGGAUGGAGUGUGAUUGGUGGUCAUUAGGGGCUAUUAUGUAUGAAAUGCUGGCUGGUUAUCCUCCUUUUUGUUCUGAUGAUCCAAGGAUGACUUUCCGCAAGAUAAUAAAUUGGAGAACUUGCCUGAAAUUUCCCGAGGAACCGAAAAUCUCAGAGGAAGCCAAGGAUCUUAUCACUCACUUGCUAUGUGAUGUUGAAACCAGGUUGGGAACUCGAGGAGUAGAGGAAAUAAAGGUAAGCCAGACAAAGAAAACAUUUCCUUUUAACUUAUGUCAAGUAUGGAGAGUAAUAGCUUCUAUUCAUUGAGUUUCUCAAAUUGAA